UUAAAUAUCUUCCAUAGAAGAAGAAAGGCGAAAAGUCAUGGCGGCUGACAGUUUGUAAUGAGCCAACAAAAACAGACAAGAUUUUUGCAAGUUGGAUCUACAACGUUUGAACUAGGCCCGGUAAUAAAAACUCUGACGACAAAAUGCAGAUAACUUUGAAAACCUUACAGCAGCAGACGUUCAAAAUCGACAUCGAUGAAGAGGAGACGGUGAAGAUUUUAAAAGAGAGGAUUGAAGAGGAGAAAGGAAAGGAACAUUUCUCAGUGGCUGGAUUAAAGCUGAUUUAUGCUGGGAAAGUCCUCAGCGAUGACACAGCCCUCAAAGAAUACAAAAUCGAUGAAAAGAACUUUGUGGUCGUCAUGGUGACAAAGGCUAAAACGGCAUCAGCUGCCCCGCAGCCUUCACCUGCCACUUCAGCUUCCAGCGCUGCAGCUCCCGCAGCGCCUCCUGCCUCAUCGUCCAGCUCUGAAAACACAUCAGGGCCUACCUCUACAGACGACAAACCAGAGGAGAGGCAGUCUCCCACUGCUGAACCAGCUUCCACCCCUGUCGGAAGCUCUGAGGCUUCAACAAACACUAACCUGAUUAAUGAGGCAGUUUCAAAUCUAGUGACGGGCCCAUCAUAUGAUGCCAUGGUGAACGAGAUGAUGCUCAUGGGCUACGAGAGGGAGCAGGUGGUAGCAGCUCUGAGAGCAAGCUUCAACAACCCAGACCGAGCUGUGGAGUACCUGCUCACAGGUAUUCCAGGCAGAGAUCCGGGCCGUGCAUCAGGACCUGAAGCGGUGGUGCCUCCAGUGAGUGGAGUUUCUACUGCACCCAUAGGUGGUAUUAGCCUUCCUGCCAACACUGGCUCUUCAAGUGCUGGAGGAGGCAACCCCUUGAGUUUCCUAAGAAAUCAGCCCCAGUUCCACGUGAUGAGACAGCUGAUCCAGCAGAAUGCUGCCCUGCUUCCUGCCCUGCUGCAGGAGAUCGGCAGGGAAAACCCUGAGCUGUUGCAGGAGAUUAGCAGCCACCAAGAGCAGUUCAUCCAGAUGCUGAAUGAACCCAACCCAGAGGCAGUGCCGGCUGGAGGUGGAGCAGGAGGAGCUGUGGGGGCUGGAGGGAUAGCUGGUGAUGCACCCGGUGGGAGUCACAUGAGCUACAUCCAGGUCACACCACUGGAGAAAGAGGCAAUUGAGAGGCUAAAAGCUUUAGGAUUUCCAGAGGGACUCGUUAUACAAGCCUACUUUGCUUGUGAGAAGAACGAAAACUUGGCCGCCAACUUCCUUUUACAACAGAACUUUGAUGAUGAUUAAAUCGUCAUUUUGACUUUUUUCUUAUUUCUUCCUCUACUUUUUGAUUGUUAACUACAUGUGUACAACAAGCCUUUUACAUAAAAAAAAAAAAAGAUUUAUUCAGCACAUUCACCUUUCUUUAUAACACUGGGUCAUUAUCAGCCUGUGCACAAGGACAGGCUGUUUGUGAUCAGUUUAAAAUGGAGGAACAAUUAAAGUACAACUUUGCAUCAGAAAUCACCUGUGUGCUAUUGAUAAAACAAAAAACACUUUAGUUAAUCAAUAUAGUUUGAAGUAUGCGUCACAUUGAAAGUGAGGUUUGUUCAGGAGGAUAGAUCCGACAGUAUUCAUGCACUCUUAUUCUGUUUUUUUAAGUUGACAAGUAAUGGAGAUUUGAAAAAUUAAAGCUGUGCACAAUAAACAAGCAACAUGUAUGGCA